AUGUCUUGGCUCGCGGGGUAUGGCAAUACUGAUGAAGAUGAUAACGACAACCUGGGCGUGGAUUGGGUACUACAAUAUGAGUUUGGAGACAUAGAUCAAGCUCAAGCUAUUACAGAGUUUCGAAUGCUUAUCCACGACCUGAGCGAGGCUGGUCUUCGGGUUCAGGUUCGUCACGGCCACGGCCAAGCGCUAUUAGUUUGCAUUCAUGUUCCGCGGGAUCAUCUCGGGAAUUUAGUACACCAGUCAAGAAUUAAAGAUUGGCUGUUUGGAAUUACCCAUACUUUACCGGAUGGCGACGAAACAGCAAUUGCCGACGCCGAUACACCAUCCGAAGAGAUCCGUUCGGUAUACCACGCCGUCACCUGGCAAAAGAAGAUAGGAGGCGCAGGCAUCACACCGGGUUUCGGAAAAUGGAAGAACGUCACUGCCUCGUUUCCGCUACAUGACCAGGAGGCCUGUGCGGAAAUGCUACGUCAAUGGAAUCGAAAAACUGUAUUGACGACUAGCGAUCUGGAUGCGAUUCGAGCUUUAUUUGGCGAAAAGGUCGCUUUCUACUAUGCUUUUAUUCAUUGCUAUUCACUAUUCCUCGUGGUGCCCGCAGGAUUGGGCAUUAUUGGAUGGCUAUAUCUCGGUCCAUAUUCCAUUGUAUAUGGAACUGUACUUUGCGCCUGGUGCAUUGUGUUCGUCGAGUACUGGAAGAUACGAGAGACCGACUUAAGUCAGAGAUGGGAUGUCAAAGGGGUUGGACGACUGAAGGUGAAUCGCAAGCAGUAUGUGUGGGAGAAAGAGGUCAAGGACCCAAUCAGUGGUCAGGUGAAACAUGUCUUCCCAGGUUGGAAGCAGUUCACACGCCAGCUCCUUUUGGUUCCUUUUGCUUCUGUUGCGAGCGUAGCCCUCGGAGCCUUGAUUGUUGCGUCCUUCGCAUCGGAGGUGUUCAUAUCUGAGGUAUACGACGGUCCAUUCAAGGAGUAUCUGGAAUUCGUACCGACUGUCCUUUUUUCGCUAUCCUUGCCCGCCAUAACCUCGUUUCUCACUAGCAUCGCAACCCGCCUGACCGACUACGAAAACUACCGAACGCAGGAUCAAUAUGACCUUGCCCAAACUCAAAAGAAUUUCGUCAUGAAUUUUAUCACCUCUUUCCUCCCCACGAUAUUGACCGCCUAUGUCUAUGUUCCCUUCGGCAAACAAAUCGUCCCACACCUCGACAUUCUCCGUAGAAUGGGGUUCAGGGCCGACAUGGUCAGCGGGCAGAAGGAAUUCGAGGUUGAUACAAGCCGAUUUCAGCAGGAGGUGAUAUAUCUAUCCAUGACGGCUCAAGUACUUAGCUUCGGCGAGGAGGUCGUCCUACCAUAUGUGAAGCAUGUCUUGAGGCAAAAGUGGCAAAAUUAUCGGGAUCAAAAGGCAGAAUACAGCCGCAAGCGGAAGCAUUCCACGGCGACCGGCCUGUUUAUGGUUGACUCGCCAGACGAAGCGGUAUUCAUGACAAGACUGCGUAGCGAGGCCGGCGCAGAGGAAUACCAUGUGGAGGAGGACAUCAUGGAGAUGUGUGUACAGUUUGGCUAUCUAGCAUUGUUUGGAGUUGCCUGGCCACUGGUGCCGCUGGGCUUCCUGCUGAACAACUGGCUGGAGCUGCGAGGUGACUUCUUCAAGCUCACGCUGGAGUGCCAACGACCACCACCAAUCCGGUCGGACUCGAUCGGCCCAUGUUUACUGGGGCUGGAUCUCUUGGCUUGGCUGGGUACUCUCUCUACUGCAGCCAUUGUGCAUGUCUACCGGGGUCCUAUUUCCGAGGUCCGGCUCUCCUCGCUUCUGUUGACUUUGUUCGUCGCCGAGCAGGUCUAUCUGGGGAUGCGAUUCACCGCCUCUACAGCCCUCGAGAAGGUCUUUUCGGACGCGAUCCGAAGAGAAGAGGCAGGUCGGUAUGCAGUGCGCAAGAACUAUCUUGCUGCUAGUCUGGCAAGGAACUCCUCCCCAAGUUCCGGCUCCCAAGGGUCGCCGAACGGUCGGACCCGUCACCGGGUGCGUUUCAACGAACGAGUCAAUGUAUACAGCUCGAACGAAAAAGACCCAGCGGCCGACGACGGUACUCCAUCUCCGACCAAAGAGGAGCCGGGGAAUGAUGUGCUUCGUGGAUCCGACCGUGAGGCCCAGUUCUGGAGCGCGCAUUCAGGGGAUAUGGCAGACGCAGGCGUCAAGCUAAUUCGCGCAUUAAGCACACCCAAGGUAGGGGAAGGGGGUAAGUCUUCGAAAGAGGCAUAG